AUUUACAUUGCCCUAUUAGCCAGCUAACUUGCUAAUAGGCUAACUUCAUCUGCUAUUUACUUUCUCAUUUUUUUACUUUUUGCCUCUUUGUUAGACUAGGAGUUUAUCUAUGAACUUUUACAGGAAGGCUUUCAAAUGUUUAUAUUAAUGUCAGCUAUCUUUUUUUCUUGUGUUGUUUUUUUUAUUGCUCUUAGUAACUUAAACAUAAGAAGGAAACCUAAACAUAACUGAAGUUAAUGGCAGAAACAGCAUGUUGGAGAUCAUGUUGGAGGAUGCUAAUAGACUGGUGAAGUUUUACCAGACCAAGGAGAAGAGCCUAAUUGAGGAAAAAGAUAGCCUUCUUCUCACAGUGAACAAACUGCAGCAGACUCUGCAGGAGCAGUGCAACCUCAGAGUGAAGAAUGAGAGACUCAAGAAUGAUAUGGCAGAUCUGAAACAGCAGAAUGAGAGAACAGCAGAGGUUGGAAAAGCUGAAGUUCAGCGGCUGGUCAGAGAAAUGAGAGCAGAAGAAGGGAGACACAAGAGGGCGCUAGAGGAUCUAAGACAGCAGUGUGGCAGGGAGGCGGAGGAUGCCCACAGGGAGUAUUUUAGUCAGUUGGAAGCUAAAGAUGCUGAAUGUAAGAAGCUGCUGGAGAAAAAGGAUCUGGAUCUAGAGGACAUGAAGAAGAGACUAAAAGAUCAGGAAAAGGAGAGUCAGAACGAGCUACUCAAGUUACAGAUGGAGUUUGGUGCAAAGUUAGCCAGAGUUCAGAGUUCAGCUCAGUGGAGCCAACAGCAGCAGCAGCAACAUGGCCCAAACCUUCCUCAGAGUGUCUUUAAAAGGAAGCUGCAGUUUUUCCAGGAGGAAAAGAACAAAGAGAUUUUUGCCCUGCGUCAGAGAAUCAAAGAGCUGGAAGAGAAUCAGCGUGCCAGCAGCAUCCUGGACAGCCGUCCAAAGAGAAGAAAGAUUUAAU